UAACGUGCUUCAGUGUCAGUCUAUGGAGUGAUCAGGCUGGACCUGGGGCUUGAUACACAUAUUGUUUUGUUAUAACAUAUAUAUAACAGAUAUGCCGGACAAACCCCCUUCUGCCAUCAAAGAUUUCGUGGCAGGUGGUUUUGCCGGGGCGUGCACGGUGGUGGUUGGCCACCCUCUGGAUACUAUCAAGGUUCGGUUACAAACUCAGCCUGCACCACAGCCAGGUCAGAAGCCACUGUAUUCAGGAACUUGGGACUGUGCUCUCAAAACUGUUCGAAAUGAGAGCUUCUUUGGUCUUUACAAAGGUAUGGCUGCUCCGUUGGUGGGAGUUACACCGAUGUUUGCAGUUUGCUUCUUGGGUUUUGGGAUUGGCAAAAAGCUACAGCAGAAAACACCUGAUGAAAAACUGUCAGCAGUUCAACUCUUCAAUGCUGGAAUGCUGUCAGGAGUGUUCACGACAGCCAUCAUGACACCUGGAGAAAGAGUCAAGUGCCUGUUACAGGUUCAAGCGGCCAAUACAGGACCACAGGUUUACAAGGGUCCCCUUGAUGUAGUCAAAGUGCUGUACAAAGAGGGUGGGAUUCGUAGUAUAUAUAAAGGCACCUGUGCCACACUUCUACGAGAUGUACCAGCAUCUGGUAUGUAUUUCAUGACAUACGAGUGGCUGAAGCGAGCUUUGGCACCCGAAGGUAAAGAAGGGGAGCUGAGUCCCAUUCGGACAGUUGUUGCUGGUGGAUUUGCUGGCAUGUUCAACUGGCUCGUGGCUAUUGGGCCAGAUGUUCUCAAGAGCCGGCUACAGACUGCUCCUGAGGGUACUUAUCCAAAUGGAAUCCGCAGCGUGUUUGUAGAAAUCAUGCGUACAGAAGGUCCACGCGCACUGUUCAAGGGAGCUGCUCCAGUGAUGAUCCGAGCCUUCCCUGCCAAUGCUGCUUGUUUCUUAGGAUAUGAAGUUGCUAUCAAGUUCCUCAAUUACAUUGCUCCAAAUCUUUAGAAAAAUGACCUUUAGCAUAAAGAAUUGAAAACUAGAGAAUGUUUUUAUGGCUACAUAACUUAAGCUAUGAAGGUAAGGGGGAUACUAGGACUUGUUACCAUUAUUACUGGAAUUUGUUUAGACCUGGCACUGCCAACUUUGCCACGUAAUCAGGGUACAGCACACAAGCUACUGGCAAAGCUUAAAUGAUAAGACAAUAUUAAAUGUAAGAAUGUUAAAGCACGUUCCUUAAGAAUUAAUAAAUGAGCCAAGAUGUGCCAAUGACCAUGAGUAAAUGUAAUUUGUAAAUAAAAUAUCAAAAUAAUGAAAUAUUUUUAUAUUUUUUAAAGUUUUAUUUUAACAAAUGCUUCAUUAGUUUCAUGCAGGAAUUAUAUAAAGGCAAAAAGAUGAUAAUUAAUUGAAAUUAAUUAAUACAGUAUUUCUUAUAAGUGUUAAAUUUUCUCAAUAAACGUUAGUUUCUUCAUAAAGAAAGUCGACUUUUUUCA